AUGGAAAUGGAGAGUCGAACCCCAUUUCAGUCCUCCGGUCUCGUGUGGUACCGAUUCCAGCAGAAACAAUCAAGACUCGCUAUGUUGCCGACAGAACUCUUGGAGAUGGUCGUUGGUUUUCUUGUGGCCGAACCCAAUGGAGCCUCAGCUGCGAGCGACGAGAGACUGAAGAGUCAACGGGACUUGUUCGCACUCUCGUUGGUUUGCAGAGAGUUUACCCAAAUCGCAAGUUCCGAGCUGUACAAGGUCGCACAGGUCGUACACAUUGCGACAGACGCAGGCUUAGAGUCCUUCCUCCGAACCGUGGCUCGUCGAAGGGACGUGGCGCAAAUUACCCAAACACUGUCUCUAAAAUUCAAACUCUGCGGCGACAAUCUUUCGGGGCCAAAGAAUCACGACCUCUGUUCCAUGAUAUACGAGAUUCUCUACUUGACAAAGGGAGUGAAGCUGCUGGAACUCGAUCUCAAGGAAUGCACCUGUUGUGUCAGGAACAGCAGCCCACAACAUCUUAGCACCGGCUACGACAGCCUUGCCGAAUCACUGGCCAACCGCCUACGUGAUGAGACGAACUUGAGUCUCGGAGAUCGAACAUUCCUACCAGGUCUCCGUGAUCUUCGCUAUGAUAGGAAUGGGCCGUGCAUUGCCAGUGCGUAUCCUGUGUACUUGGUGUUCGCUCUACUCCGUCAAUUGAACGAAGGUCGAGAUGCCUUGAGUAUACAGGAGGUUAUUGAUGAUAUUCUCCUCUAA